AUGUCGGCGUUACUAACUGCAGAUUGGUUCCUUUUGGACACCUACUACAGGAAAUUCGACCUGUACAACAUGAACUGGUCCAUGGAUGAUGGACUGGAGAAUAUGAUAGUAAGUGGAGCUCAGUACGGAGGCCCAAUGGCUGUGGUUAGGGACAGGAAGCAGUUUGUUAGGAUAACCGGAGCUGCUAAACCUGUUAUAACUAUCUAUAACGGAGUUGGAAAUGUUAUAUCAAAGAUUUUGUGGAACAGUGGAGAACUAGUACACAUGGGCUGGUCGGACUCGGAGCAGCUGCUGUGUGUCCAGCAAAGCGGUGAUGUUCUGGUGUACGACAUGUUCGGAGCCUAUCAGAGGACCUUCAAUAUGGGACAGGAAGUCAGAGAUACUAAGGUGUACAAAGCCCGUAUAUUCCCCAGUCCUCACGGAGUCGGUUUAGCUGUCAUCACAACUACCAACCGUAUGUUCCUGAUCAGCAAUGUGUCAGAUCCUAAAGUUAGAUCUGUACCUGAUUUACCAAGAGCAAAUGAAGCCAUAUCAUGUUGGUGUGUGAUUGGUUCUGGAAUUAUUGUAUGCAGAGACAAGGAAAUAUACAAAUGUCAACCAGGCGAAACUAGAGCUAUUCUAAUGCGUCCGGAUAUAAAAAAUCCGUAUACACAAAUCUUGUCCAUAGUAUCUUCGCAAAACGGCAAACAUGUAGCUUUGUUUACUGAUUCUGGUUUCUUAUGGACUGGAUCGUCUGAUUUCAAGACUACUUACUCAGAAAUUGACACCGGGUACAUCAAACAGCCAAAGGAAUUGAUGUGGUGCGGAUCACAAGCUGUAGUAGGACAUUGGGACGACACCCUCUCCAUAUUUGGUUCGACCAAGGGCCAAUCAUCACAGUAUCCAUACGACGGACCUUUUCACCUUAUACAAGAAAUCGAGUGCGUCCGAGUCGUCUCCGAAAUGACUCAUGAACUCAUACAAAAAGUACCUUUUGUGGUCGAAAGGAUAUUUAGAAUAAAUAGUGUCGCACCUGAAUCUUAUUUGUUGGAAGCUUCUAGACAGUUCCAGAACCACAGUCACAGAGCAGAUGAGUACAUUAGGUUGGUGAAACCGAAUCUGUCCACAGCAGUACAGAACUGUAUAGAAGCAGCUGCCUUCGAGUUCAACCCUGAAGUUCAGAAGAUGUUGAUCAGAGCCGCCCAGUUUGGCAAGUGCUUCAUAAUGGACCCUGAGCUAACAGACCUUUAUGUGAAGACCUGCAGAUGGUUGAGGGUUUUGAACGCUGUUCGAGACCCUAAAGUCGGCAUACCACUUACUUCUGUGCAAAUGACAAACCUAGGCGAGCGCGUUCUCCUGGAGCGUCUAAUACGACGUCGCCUACAUUGCCUGGCGGUGCACAUCGCGUCCUAUCUGCAGCUCAAGGAUGGAAGGACCAGGGUACUGUCUGACUGGGCUUGCUAUAAGGUGACUCAACCUCACUUGGACAACGAGAGCGCGGCGCGAGAGAUCGGCGACAAGCUGCGCAACGUGCCCGGUAUAUCAUACACUACCAUCGCUAUGAAAGCCGCCGAGAAGGGAAGGAAAGCACUUGCUAUCAAAAUAUUAGAAUAUGAAACUCACAGCAAACUACAAGUUCCAUUACUCCUGACGUUGGGCGAAGGGCCGACCGCUUUACUGAAAGCUACGGCUAGCGGUGAUACAGAUCUAAUAUACAUCGUACUAUUACAUCUUAAAGAAAAGAUGGGCAAACGGGAAUUUGAACUGACUAUACGCAGCUUCUCCCUCGCCCACGCUCUCUACAUAAAAUACUGCGCGAACAACAACAGGGAAGCAUUGCGCCAAGUUUACGUACAAGAAGACGACUUCCAAGGUCAAGCUGCCACACACAUACGUGAUGCUAUCGAACAAACCAACCCGGGGAGCAUUGAGGCGUCUCUUAUAUCUGCUAGGGAGUGCUAUAAGAAGGGCAAGAAUGAUCUAGGAGUCUCUAUCUGUGAGGAUGGUCGCAAGCUAUGCAAACAACAGUCGAGUCUACAGGAGACGUAUGGAACCAGCUUUGUAGGCCUCUCCCUACACGACUCCGUCAGAACCCUACUAGAACAAGGGGAGACCAAACUCGCUGACAAACUGCGGUCCGAAUACAGAAUGCCUGAUAGAAGAUAUUGGUGGUUACGCAUCCUAACCCUGGCUGAGAAGGAUGAUUGGGCAGAACUAGAAAGAUUCUCGAAAUCUAAAAAGUCACCGGUUGGGUACGAACCGUUCGUGGACGCUUGUCUAAAGUACUGCAAACAAGAUGAAGCUCUCAAGUAUCUGCCACGAUGCAGCGAUGAUAUCAAAGUCAAAUAUUAUGUUAAAGCUGGGUUCUACGAGGAAGCGGCAGAAGUGGCAUUUGAACAGAAGGACGAGAGUGCUCUGCUAUUUGUGCAAAAUAAAUGUCCCUUGAACGAAACUACCAAACACGCUAAGAUCUCCUCGCUACUCGAACGAUUGCCGACCAAAAAGUAA